CCUAAGGUUGCGUUCCGAGGUGGCGGUCGCUGCUGGAGUGGCGUGGAAGCUGGUGGGAGGCUCACCGAUGCGUUCAGCAGCGUAAUGACCGGCUCUGGCUCGCUCUACGGCUGCUACAAAUCACAGAAUGAAGAAAACGUAGAGCUACCUCAGACCUACGGUUCUUCCCUUCUGACAUCAGAGUACUCCGCACCCGUGGACUCCUCCCUUUCAUACGUGCCCUGGUCCACCUAUGGAGAUGAUGGGAAGCAGCCCACGGCCUCUCAGAUUGGUGUGAAGCCCAGGAUCCAGCCGGAAAGGAAUGAUUAUGGCAGUGAAACGGAUUUAUACGGGCUUGUGUCGAACAUCUUGGAAGAACAAGAUAAUGCGCAGCCGUACUGUGCCGAGGGGAGUUGCCCUCCCAGCUUGACGUCCGUCUGGCCCGUGAACACAGCCAGGGUCGCAGAGCACCACGACCUCUUGCCAGAAACUAAAAGACCAAUUGUUGGAGCUGCCUCGCAACAGGGAUUUUAUAGCGGUGAAUCCGUACCGGCGGCUGAAAAACAGUACUUGCAGGGUGGUGGCCUUGCAGCGCAGCAAAAAGCAGACGAGUGUUACCGUGGGUUUACCGGCCCCGACCUCGAAGAGCAGUGUUUGUACCCUUCUAGGAAUGAUCAUGCCAACUGUUGCAACGUGCAGACUAAUGAGAAUGUGAAGCCAACGCCCGUGUAUCCCAACUAUCCGUACCUAAAAAACGCUUUUACGCCCCCAAUCGGAUAUUCAGAAGUAAUCAAAGACUCGGGAGCCGAUGCUUAUCUGUACGGCAGGGAGAAGGGCUGUCCCAAAGGAGCGGAUGUGCAGUCGCACCAAAAGCGAGCGGAAACGUUUCUUUCGCAGUUUCGCAGAUAUAACGAAAACGCUGAUUACAGCAGAUACGCCGAGUAUUCUCACAUGAGUAAAGCGAAGCCCAACAAGAGCACCGGUUGUAGCCUCCAAGAAAAUAAGUUGGUAAAUGGAACCGCUGAGGCACCAUCUCUGGAAACAGAACCCUAUACUAAAUUAUUUCAAGUUAAAUCAGGAACUCAGAAAAAAAUUGAAGAUAGAAUUUCGGAUCAGCAAAACUUGGCAUUUCCCAAAGCAAACGAAUCCCUGUUCUGCGCUGAUUUGGUGCAAAAAUUUGAAUAUGGACUGAAAUCUUUUGCGACUUACCCAGGGAAUAGUGACUGUGCGAAUGGUGUGGAGAAGCAGCAGUUUUCCAAGCCAGAGCAGAAUCCUGAAUACUAUAAAUCCCUCCUGCUGUUGCCAAACGCAGCGAACCCUUCAGCCGGCGCCAACGUGAGGCCCCCGUGGGUCAACGUCCACACUAAACCCGCUGCUUCUGCCGCGUUUCAGAACGCAAAUCCUUUGCUGAAAUUGAAUAAUCACUUACCUGCUUUUCAAAAGAGUUCCAGCCAUCCUAAUGAUUUCUUUCCGUUAUCGUCUUCAAAUUUCUCUUUAAAUAGUAACUUAUUUCACAAGUACUGCCAAGAUAAUCCGUCAUUGCUCCCAGCUCCUGAAUUUGGUUGUAACGCUGCAGAACGAGCUCGCUCUGCUGCUUGCAUGGAAGCGCUCCUUCGGAGCAGAGAAGAGAAUCUCCUCGAGUGUUUAAGUGAGAAGAAGUUAAAGCUGCCGAACGGCUUCUGCGACAAUUACUCAGCUCAGCAGUUCGGCUUCAUCGAUAACACCAGCAAACAGUGGUUCCAGCUGAAGCCGCAGAGCGAGCGUUACGAUCCGGAAGGCCCAAACCACCUGGACGGGUUGUUGCAGAGCACCUACCGCGAUUUCGGGGAGCCACAGGCUCCGUUUGUUCUCCGGCAGGGCGGCGGCGGCGACGGCAAUCCCGUGCCCUGCCUCCAGCCCCCGAGCGUCAGCAGCCGCGCGCUGGGGGACUUCAGGAGGAACCAGCAGCUCGGCUCGAGCGCGUUCCCCUGGAGAUCCGCUUACCUGCUGGGCCGCUCCGUCGUCCCUGUGAUGGAGUCGUGUCACUUCUUGUCCCGCGAGGAUUUAAAACGCUUCUACCCUUAUUUGAACGAGAAGGGCUACGGCGAGGGUUCUCUCUCGGGUUUCAUACCGGCGUUUGGCUCGCCGAGGCAGGCGAAAACCCGGAGCGGGUCAGCCAGCGAACUUCACCUUAGGCUAGAAGAAUGUUAUGAGCAGUGGAGAGCUUUGGAGAAGGAAAGAAAGAAGACUGAAUCAGCUCUUGCUAAGAAUUUCCACGGGAAAAAGGUUUCCAGUGCUAACAACGCUGCGAUCCCAAGGCUGCCAUCAAACCCGUCAAGAGUUGAUCGCUUAAUUGUGGAUCAGCUACGUGAACAAGCCAGA